UUUAUGCUCAGUGACUCGGGCGCUUUGCUUCAGGUCCCGUAGACCGAAGAUCUGGGACCAGUAGCUCACGUUGCUGGAGACGUUAAGGGAUUUUUCGUCGUGCUUUUUUUUUUUUUUUUUCUCCGGGGGAGUUUGAAUAUUUGUUUCUUUUCACACUGGCCUUAAAGAGGAUAUAUUAGAAGUUGAAGUAGGAAGGGAGCCAGAGAGGCCGAUGGCGCAAAGGUACGACGAUCUACCCCAUUACGGGGGCAUGGACGGAGUAGGCAUCCCCUCCACGAUGUAUGGGGACCCGCAUGCAGCCAGGUCCAUGCAGCCGGUCCACCACCUGAACCACGGGCCUCCUCUGCACUCGCAUCAGUACCCGCACACAGCUCACACCAACGCCAUGGCCCCCAGCAUGGGCUCCUCUGUCAAUGACGCUUUAAAGAGAGAUAAAGAUGCCAUUUAUGGACACCCCCUCUUCCCUCUCUUAGCACUGAUUUUUGAGAAAUGUGAAUUAGCUACUUGUACCCCCCGCGAGCCAGGGGUGGCGGGCGGGGACGUCUGCUCGUCAGAGUCUUUCAAUGAAGAUAUAGCCGUGUUCGCCAAACAGAUUCGCGCAGAAAAACCUCUAUUUUCUUCUAAUCCAGAACUGGAUAACUUGAUGAUUCAAGCCAUACAAGUAUUAAGGUUUCAUCUGUUGGAAUUAGAGAAGGUACACGAAUUAUGUGACAAUUUCUGCCACCGGUAUAUUAGCUGUUUGAAAGGGAAAAUGCCUAUCGAUUUGGUGAUAGACGAUAGAGAAGGAGGAUCAAAAUCAGACAGUGAAGAUAUAACAAGAUCAGCAAAUCUAACCGACCAGCCCUCUUGGAACAGAGAUCAUGAUGACACGGCAUCUACUCGUUCAGGAGGAACCCCAGGCCCUUCCAGCGGUGGCCACACGUCACACAGUGGGGACAACAGCAGUGAGCAAGGUGAUGGCUUGGACAACAGUGUAGCUUCCCCCAGCACAGGUGACGAUGAUGACCCUGAUAAGGACAAAAAGCGUCACAAAAAGCGUGGCAUCUUUCCCAAAGUAGCCACAAAUAUCAUGAGGGCGUGGCUGUUCCAGCAUCUAACACACCCGUACCCUUCUGAAGAACAGAAAAAGCAGUUGGCACAAGACACAGGACUCACCAUCCUUCAAGUGAACAAUUGGUUUAUUAAUGCCCGGAGAAGAAUAGUGCAGCCCAUGAUAGACCAGUCCAACCGAGCAGGCAAGUCCCCCAUAGUGACUGUAUUCAAGUCACGCAAGCGAAAACCAUCCUCAAGCCAUUCACCGGGAGGUCUGCUACCUGUAAGUCAAGGAACACCUUAUAACCCUGAUGGACAGCCCAUGGGAGGUUUCGUAAUGGACGGUCAGCAACAUAUGGGAAUUAGAGCACCAGGACCUAUGAGUGGAAUGGGCAUGAAUAUGGGCAUGGAGGGGCAGUGGCACUACAUGUAACCUUCAUCUAGUUAACCAAUCGCAAAGCAAGGGGGAAGGCUGCAAAGUAUGCCAGGGGAGUAUGUAGCCCGGGGUGGUCCAAUGGGUGUGAGUAUGGGACAGCCAAGUUAUACCCAACCCCAGAUGCCCCCCCAUCCUGCUCAGCUGCGUCAUGGGCCCCCCAUGCAUACGUACAUUCCUGGACACCCUCACCACCCAACAGUGAUGAUGCAUGGAGGACCGCCCCACCCUGGAAUGCCAAUGUCAGCAUCAAGCCCCACGGUUCUUAAUACAGGAGACCCAACAAUGAGUGGACAAGUCAUGGACAUUCAUGCUCAGUAGCUUAAGGGAAUAUGCAUUGUCUGCAAUUGUGACUGAUUUCAAAUCAUGUUUUUUCUGCAAUGACUGUGGAGUUCCAUUCUUGGCAUCUACUCUGGACCAAGGAGCAUCCCUAAUUCUUCAUAGGGACCUUAAAAAGCAGGAAAUACCAACUGAAGUCAAUUUGGGGGACAUGCUAAAUAACUAUAUAAGACAUUAAGAGAACAAAGAGUGAAAUAUUGUAAAUGCUAUUAUACUGUUAUCCAUAUUACGUUGUUUCUUAUAGAUUUUUUAAAAAAAAUGUGAAAUUUUUCCACACUAUGUGUGUUGUUUCCAUAGCUCUUCACUUCCUCCAGAAGCCUCCUUACAUUAAAAAGCCUUACAGUUAUCCUGCAAGGGACAGGAAGGUCUGAUUUGCAGGAUUUUUAGAGCAUUAAAAUAACUAUCAGGCAGAAGAAUCUUUCUUCUCGCCUAGGAUUUCAGCCAUGCGCGCGCUCUCUCUCUUUCUCUCUCUUUUCCUCUCUCUCCCUCUCUCUAGCCUGGGGCUUGAAUUUGCAUGUCUAAUUCAUUUACUCACCAUAUUUGAAUUGGCCUGAACAGAUGUAAAUCGGGAAGGAUGGGAAAAACUGCAGUCAUCAACAAUGAUUAAUCAGCUGUUGCAGGCAGUGUCUUAAGGAGACUGGUAGGAGGAGGCAUGGAAACCAAAAGGCCGUGUGUUUAGAAGCCUAAUUGUCACAUCAAGCAUCAUUGUCCCCAUGCAACAACCACCACCUUAUACAUCACUUCCUGUUUUAAGCAGCUCUAAAACAUAGACUGAAGAUUUAUUUUUAAUAUGUUGACUUUAUUUCUGAGCAAAGCAUCAGUCAUGUGUGUAUUUUUUCAUAGUCCCACCUUGGAGCAUUUAUGUAGACAUUGUAAAUAAAUUUUGUGCAAAAAGGACUGGAAAAAUGAACUGUAUUAUUGCAAUUUUUUUGUAAAAGUAGCAGUUUGGUAUGAGUUGGCAUGCAUACAAGAUUUACUAAGUGGGAUAAGCUAAUUAUACUUUUUGUUGUGGAUAAACAAAUGCUUGUUGAUAGCCUUUUUCUAUCAAGAAACCAAGGAGCUAAUUAUUAAUAACAAUCAUUGCACACUGAGUCUUAGCGUUUCUGAUGGAAACAGUUUGGAUUGUAUAAUAACGCCAAGCCCAGUUGUAGUCGUUUGAGUGCAGUAAUGAAAUCUGAAUCUAAAAUAAAAACAAGAUUAUUUUUGUCAUGCUGACUCCACUGCUUGAAACAUUUGUUUACUGCCCCCCAGAUUUUUAAAGAUUAAUGCAGUAAAUAUAAAAAUUAAUUUUGGCUCCCUAAGCCAUAUAUGUAUUUGACAAUUUUAACCACAAAGUAAGUUAUUUAAUAAUAACCACUGAUUUCUUUAAGCUGACUUAAUGAACUCCUAAUAUCAGCAAAUUUGAGGCCUAAAGGCACUAAACUAACUCUAGACUCAGAAUUACAUCCAACAGAAUUACUCAUCUAAUAUCAUUGAAAUUAUUCUUGCACAUAAAGGCAACCUAAGUACAAAGUUAAGUCUUUUACUAAGGAUGUUACCUAGGAUGAGCAGUAUAUGUUUAUUAGGAAAUUAACUACACGAAUUGAAGAGACCAGACUUCAAAAUCUAAUUUUUAUAAAUAUGCUCUAUGUUCUCAUUGGAUAAAACUGGUUAUUAACCAAUUUUCCAGAACAGCUGUACAAGACUUCAGCAUGGCAGCGGGCUAAAUGCUACAAAAUAAUAUGUUUAAGCUGGAAUAGCUUAUAAUUUUAUUUAAAUAAAAUUGCUGCUAUAAAAAGUGCUUCCCAAAGCUAAGGAAAAUAUACAAAUAUUUUAAUUAAGGCAAAUUCGUUUUAAAAAAUAAACCUUUUAGCAGUGAUUGCUUUGUAAACAAAGGAUGGGUCGGAGGACAGAGAGCCUUAAACUCAAGUCUGACACUCAGGCCCAAGUCACCCUAUAAACCGGUCCUUAGCAAUUCUAUUUUCUAUUCGGAAAAGAGAAACCAGCUGUGGGUUGGCUUUACUAGGUGAUGUGUGAUUGACUGACUCACCUGCUGGAGCAGCAAUGCAUUCUCACCUUUUGCUGGUUUCUAAACACGUGGAUGCACAAGAGCAAGGCUCAGCCUACUGCAGCCAUCUCUGGCCGCGCCUCUACCCCUCCCCAGCCCAUAGAUGGGAUUGUUUAAAUCUCCCUUGUUGACCCAGUGGUAAUUCUUCCUCUACCUAAAUAGUCGAUAUGAGUGAAAUCAUUCUCUUUUGAUAGGUGGUUACUAGCAGUUAACAACCAUUUAUUUACUUUAAAAAUUAAUAAUAAACUUUAUAAACU